AUGCCUAUACCAAAGGAUUCGACGAGCUUCACGGAUACAAUGGCAGAUAUCCUCCGCUUACCUGAUGAGACUCUAGCCAUGUCCUAUGUCUACCUCAACAGGUACCAGCGGUUUCAGAGCUCCUCGACACCACCGGAUCCUCUAGACUCGAUGCGAGAGAUACUCUUUCCGGCCCACCGUCUGCUUCACCAGCACAACGGAGCCUCUUCGGACCCUAUCGAUCAACCCUUAGCAGUGCCCUCUACUAUGUACGAUUCUCUUCGCGCAACACUUGUUCAAGCGGAGCUCAUGCUCCUGCGAACACUUGGCUUCGAAUUACGCAUUCCGCUGCCUCUGGACUACCUGCCGCGUUAUCUCGAGCGUGCAAUGGGGGAUGUUGCAGGUGCAAGUGAAAAUUAUGACUCUUGGGGAAACGAAGACAAAGAAGAAUAUGGGGUUGUGAAAGAUGCCAUGGACACAUCCUUUGGAAGGGCCUGCAGAACCAAGGCUAUCAUCGCGUGCAAGAACUACCAGUUGACCAAUCUCUUUCCAGCAAGGGCCGUUGCGCUGGGUUGUUUACACGUCGUCAUGGAAGAGAGAGGUUUGAGGACGGCCAACUCCCGAAAAGAAUGGGUAGAUGACAUUGCGAGUCGCAAGGUGGAUAUUGAUGAUUUCGAGGAAGUAGUGGAAGUAUUGACAAGGAGUUGA